AUGACGCGCAUGAUCGUCCUUGCUGGGGCUCCGGAGCAGUCCAAGCUCGAUUGGAGUGAGAAGUCGCUCUCACCCGUCACUCACCUUGAGGAUGUAUCCCAAUCUGCGAAUUCCAACUCCUCUACCCCCAAAGGUUUCACUGCUUCAUGGCGUCAACUCAAUACCGAGAAACUUCAAAUGCGUCCCGUUCUCCCCAAGCUCGAGAUAGGUCCUCGACCAACUGAGGCUGCCGAUACCCAAGACACCGAAUUCUUUGCUCCGUCAGAAUUCGUGGCUCAGGAGUCGCCCGGUAGUGAUGUUAGUGGCGACGAGUCCAACCCAUCCGGUAUCUCCACCGAUUCCUCACCUGAAGCUCUGGCCGAUUUCUACAACCACUCCUUCACCAUUCAUGAGGCAAUUCCAUCCACCGACAAAUCCUCGAUAUUCGAUGCGCCGCCACAGACUCCAAUAUACGAGUCCUCCCAGGACAUGGCUCCUGCCCCAACCACCCCCGGGGGCGGCAUAAUUCGCACACCCUCACAACGGCGCCUCAGCCAAGCACCUCGCCCAAACAAACUUACCGAUCUUUCGUUCAUUCCUAAUGCCGCUUACCUCAACUCCAUUCAACCACAAACCGUCACGGUCAACCUCAUCGUUGGAGUGCUGGCCAUUUCCCUGCCUCGCCGGGUCACUACUGGCAAAGCCUACAACCGGCCUCGGCAGCAGGAGCUCGUUGAGCUGACCGUCGGCGAUGACACCAAGACUGGCUUCAACGUCACCUUGUGGAUGCCGCCCAACAUGCAUGUCGGAUGGCGGGACCGUGAUGAUGCCGAGCAGAUCACCAGUCCCACUGGUGCGCGGAGUAACUUGCGGCGUGCGGUCAAGGAGAUUCGGCCGCGGGAUGUUGUCCUGCUGCAGCACGUUGCACUGAGCUCGUACCGUGGCAAGGUCCAUGGACAGAGUCUCAGAGGCGAUGUGACGAAACUAGAUUUGCUAUUCCGGAAGAAAGUCGAUGAUGACGAUCUGCAGGGGUGCUAUACGGCGAGCAAUCUAAGAAACCCAACCGACCUGCAGCUGAAGAAAACAAAGGCUGUGCGAGAUUGGCUGGUAGAGUUUGUGGGUGAUGUGGAUGGGGCAAGGGCCCGAAGCAAGAAGGGCAAGAAAGGGAGGAUGAUGCUCCCUGACGACACGCAGUAG